UUGAUGAUCUCUCGUGCUGUGGUUGGUGUUGAAGUUUCGUCUUUUGACAACACAUAUUCAGAUCCCAUGCACAAUGCUUGAUCCGUUUGACAUCCCAGAUUAUGAGCACACAGAGGAUGAGAGGUUCCCUCCUCUCCCCCCUCCAUCAUCGCCUGGUCAGAGAGACAUCGAGGAGGAUCCUUUUGGCAAUGGAGAAGGUGAGGAGGAAGGAGAAGUGUCAAAACUCGCAGAAGUGCCAGUGGCAAAAAGACGAACAGUGCAGAGGCCUCGGCCUAAACUGGAUGCAAACAGGUUGAUUUCUGAGAAGGGUCUUCCAGCUUUGCGUACUUUAUUUGAUGAUGUUAAGUUCAAAGGCAAAGGGCACGAGGCAGAGAAUCUGAAGCUCCUCUUGAAGAAAAUGGAGAACUGGGCCCAUCGCCUGUAUCCUAAAAUGCAGUUUGAGGAGUUCAUUGAUAAAGUGGAGAGUCUGGGAAAUAAAAAAGAAGUUCAGACCUGUCUGAAACGAAUUCGAUUGGACAUGCCAAUAACACAUGAGGACUACGUUGAGGAGGGUGAGGGUCGAGUACUGGAAGAGUCUGAUCCAGCUGGAGAGGAAGGUUUCCCUGAAGAUCCGUUUGUCCAUUCUACUCCUGCUCCAGCCUCUCUCACUGAGGAACAGCAGCGGCGCAUAGAGCUCAACAAACGGCUGGCUCUGGAGAGGAGACUUGCCAAGCAGAAACAGUUAGAAUCCUCUCAGAAUUCCAUCCAGGAUGCAGAUGAACCAUCAACCAGUAUUUCAGGACAGUACCUCAGUCAAGAGAGUCAGGCCACUCUGGAGCAGAGCACCUCAGCACAAACGCCACUCAAACAGAAGUCAGCUGCUCCUCACAAUUCCCCUUUAUAUGAUAAUGAGUGUGCUAGUCCACUUCCGAAUGGCAUAGUUGAUGAUGAUGAUAGCAAUUGAACCAAUCCUCCCCUUUUGUACCAAGAGGACUAAGAAUAAAUUAAGAGUUUUUUGGGAAGGGCAACUUAAAUCAGUUGGGGUUUUUCCACAAUUAACCUUUAUAAAUUCUUCCCAGUCAUAUGCCGAACAUCUUUUGCAGCUCAUUGGCAUUUUUUGAAACGCCAACCUAGGGCUUGGUCACCACUAAUGAUCUUAUACACACAUUAAUCUAGUUCAGCGUGCUUGCAUUUUGUCAUAUCUUUUAUCCUCUGUGAGGAUUUUGAAAUGUAUUUGCUCAUAUUCAAAAGAUUUCUUAUCAUUUUACUCUCAGGUUCACAGUAAGAUCAGUGUGAACCUGAGAAUAAAAUCACCACUUUCUGAUUAUUGGCUAGAUAUUAUUAUAAUGUCCUAAUGUUAGCACACAAUACUAGAGGACAAAGAGAGCUUUUAAGGUUGACCCAUUCCCUAUUUUUUUUUUUUUUUGAAAAUGUCAGUUUGUCAUCACCUUCUAAUGUUUCUGUCAGUUACGUUUAUCCCUGUUCUUUUAUUUCAGUGUCAAUUUUUCUGAAUAAAAAUGUAGAAAACCAUUA